AUGUCUGAGUCUCCAGAGCAACAGCAGUUACUCUUUGGACUUUUCCUGUGUAUGUAUCUUGUCACCUUGACUGGGAAUGUGCUCAUCAUCCUGGCCAUCGGCUCUGACCCGCACCUCCACACCCCCAUGUACUUCUUCCUGGCCAACCUGGCUUUGGUUGACAUGGGUUUAACAUCGUCCACAGUUACCAAGAUGCUGGUGAACGUCCAGACUCAGCAUCACACCAUCUCCCGUACUGGUUGCCUCACGCAAAUGUAUUUCUUUCUGAUGGUUGGUGACCUGGACAGCUUCUUCCUGGCUGUAAUGGCAUAUGACCGCUGCGUGGCCAUUUGCCGCCCUUUCCACUACUCCACGGUCAUGAGCCCCCGAGUCUGUGCCCUGCUGCUUGCACUGUGCCGGGUCCUCCCCAACACUGUUGCCCUGACUCACACCAUCCUCAUGGCUCGGCUGUCCUUCUGCGUUGUUGGAGAAAUAGCUCCCUUUUUCUGUGACAUAACUCCUGUCCUGAAGCUGUCAUGUUCUGACACCCGCAUCAAUGAGUUGAUGGUUUUUUUCUUAGGAGGCACAGUGCUCAUCGUCCCCUUUAUAUGCAUUGUCAUCUCCUACAUCCACAUUGUAUCUGCUAUCCUGAGGGUCCGGAGCCCUGGUGGCAGGGGUAAGGCCUUUUCCACCUGCAGCUCCCAUCUGUGUGUUGUCUGUGUGUUCUAUGGGACCCUCUUCAGUGCCUACCUGUGCCCUCCCUCUGUUGCCUCUGAAGAGAACGACAUUGCAGCAGCUGCAGUGGACACCAUAGUGAUUCCUUUGCUGAACCCAUUUAUCUACAGCCUAAGAAACAAGGACAUGAAGGGGCCCUAA